CAUUUGCUCUGUUUGAAUGACUUUUCAGUCUUCCUUUGCCAGUUUAUCAUUUGUUUUAUUUUUUAAUUAUGUUCCCUCUCGAUACAGACCAGGAAAUCCGAGAAAAAGAUCAGGAGCCCGGACGGUGUUCCUAUUUGAAUGAGAAGGUUUUACCCUAUAGCAACAAUGUGUUGAUCGGCAACUGGAUGCAGAGCCGGUACGAGAGUGUUGUGACAAAGAACAAUGCAAUUUUGCCAGGCAUGAUGGUCGAAGACAGUUGCGAAACCCAUCAGACAGCCAGCCAGGCUACCUAUACAGCGGCACCUUUCGAUCUGAGGAAGGCAACAGCCGCACACUUUGAUAUCAAGGGCCAAGUGAUGGCCAUUAAACUGGCACAGGGCUCCAAUGUGAUACUACACGAUUCGGAUCAGUUCCUCAGCAAUUACACAACCAUGAAUACCCUUAUGUUCGAUCUAUGGCCCAAAAUGCGACGCGAUGAAUGCUUGCAGAGGCAAAAGCUUGGCCAAAUGAUAUACAAGAGGGCUCGAUACAAUGCAUUGGAUACCUAUGGCAAUUAUAGUUUAGUGAAAAAUAGGAAAUAUAGGAUGAAUCCCAAACCAAUUACAAAACUAUUCGAUCAUGUUACAACAAGUUAUCAGAGAGAUUAUCCGCCCAAAAUCUCUGAGCAACACAAAAGGAAGUCAAUGGAAAAGACAGCAAAUACCAAGGAAUGGGCUCAACUGGAGGCAGAGAAGGAGUUAAUAAUCAACUGUCAAUUCUAUGAGGACUUGAAAAAUACGACUGGAGUUUCAGAACCUUGUGAUAAAAUACCGACUCACAAGUUUGAAUGGUAGCAGCAUAUUAUAUAUUUAUCACAAAUAAAUUCAUGGUCUACCCUCAA